ACCACCAUAACCAACACACAUCAAGAAACUGUCAAAAAGAAGCAUUAUCGCCUUCGAAUUAGCAGAGGUUUGUGCUGAAAACCUAGUUUUUUAUCUGAGAUUCCGAGGUGGGUAACCCUAAAAAUCUUUGACUUUUUCCAAACCCUAAUUCCUUUCGUUCUUGAUUUCAUCAAGUUGCCCAAGAUUUUCUUGAUUCAAGAUCUGGUUUUAAUUGCAUUUUGCUUAGUUUUCAUCAAGUGGGUUUCUUGCAAUUUCAACUAAUUGAUGACUGUGUUCGCUGUUUUCUUGAAUUCGUGAGCUGGGUUUAGAUCAAAGAUUAAAAUAACCCAAUAAAAAACAUAUAUUUACAGUUUGUAUCUAUUGAUGCAUCUUGUAGUUGUUCAUAUUUGCUGAAAUGUGCCUGAUUCAACCUCAAUUCAUCUUUAUCUAAAAUCUGAUGCAUCUUGUAGUUGUUCAUAUCUGCUAAAAUGCGCCUGAUUCAACCUCAAAUCAGAUUUCAGAAGCUUUCAUCUCUAUCUCAAAUUUGAUGCAUCUUGUAGUUGUUCAUAUCUGCCAAGAUGCGCCUGAUUCAACCUCAAAACAGAUUACAGAAUCCUUCACCUUCAUCUCCACCCCCUUCUGUUCAUCCUCCUCCUCUUUCCAAUUCCAAAACCAGCUCAACUUUUCUUUUUGCUAGAAACAUUAUAAUUGUGAUAGCAAUUAUGUUCUUCAUAUGUGGUUUACUCCAUAUACUUGUGAGGUAUUUGAUGAAAAGAAAAAGACUGUUAUUAUCUUCAUCUUCAAAUUCCCAUUUUCAAUCUUCAAGAUUUCAAGAAAAUGGUGAUGGUGGUGUCGAUGGUGAUGGUGAUGCAUAUGAGAGACAAUUACAACAACUUUUCAAUCUCCAUGAUUCUGGUUUAGAUCAAGCUUUCAUUGAUGCCCUGCCAGUGUUUUCUUACAAAGAGUUAAUGGGUUUAAAAGAGCCUUUUGAUUGUGCUGUUUGCCUAUGUGAAUUUACAAAUCAGGACAAUCUAAGAUUGCUGCCUUUGUGCAGCCAUGCUUUCCAUAUGCAUUGUAUAGAUACUUGGUUGCUUUCAAAUUCAACCUGUCCUUUAUGUAGAGGUACCCUUUUCACACCUGGGUUUUCUGUUGAAAAUCCAGUUUUUGAGUUUGAUGAUUCAAGGGAAGAAGGAGAAGAAGGAGAUGGUGAUGAUGGUCAUGGUCAUGGGGUUUUUGGUCAUUUCAAGAAACCUGAGGAGGGUAUUAUUGGAAAUGAAAAAAGGGUGUAUCUAGUUAGGCUUGGGAAGUUUAGAGCUACAAAUGUGGGAAAAAGAGAAGAAAAAGAAGUGGGAGAAACAAGUAACAGCAAUUUUGAUGCAAGAAGAUGUUAUUCAAUGGGAUCUUAUGAGUAUGUGGUGGGAAACUCAGAUUUGAAGGUUGCAUUUGUUCCCAAUAGGGGUAGUUUUGGUAAUAAAGAUGUUACAGGAUUUGAUAAAGAUAAAGGGAAUAGCUCAAUUGAUGGGGGUAUUGAUGGAAAGAAAAUUAGCAACAGAAGUAAAGGUGAGAGCUUUUCUGUUUCCAAGAUUUGGCUUUGGUCAAAGAAAGAUCAUCAUCAUCAUAAACCACAAGUUUCUUCAGGUAUUCAUCAUAACCAUAUGGUUAAUUCAUCUGUGAAUGUUAGUUUACCCAUGAGAUAUGCAAAUAAUAGUCAAAGUUGAUCAUUCAAAAUUCAAUGUAUUCAUUAUGAAGCUCUUUAUUUAUUCAUGUUUCCAUUAGAAGAGAUUUCUGUGAAUGAUUCUUUCUUUCCUUUUCAUGUUUCACUUUGUUGAAGUAUGGCAACAUGUACUCAUCACUUUUAUCCUUUUUACUUAUUUUUCGCCUUUUUUCGGUGC